AUGGAGAGUUUCUUUGUUGAGGCAGUGAAUGCAAUAUGGUGGAUAGUUGUUGUUGGAAUCAUCGGUGUGGGGUAUCAUGCAUACGGUGGAGCCGUGGUGGAACAGUGGAGGAUGCGGAGAUAUCUAAGGAAGCAAGGGGUGAAGGGUCCUCCACCUUCGAUCUUUAACGGCAAUGUGUCAGAGAUGAAGAGAGUCCAGUCAGAGACUAUACAUUAUUCCGGAGAUAACAUCAUUUCUCAUGACUAUUCUUCUUCUCUCUUUCCCUAUUUUGAACACUGGCGAAAACAAUACGGGAGAGUCUACACAUACUCGACGGGAUUAAAGCAGCACCUUUACAUAAAUCACCCGGAAAUGGUGAAGGAGCUUACCCAAAUCAACACGCUUAACGUUGGCAGAAUCACUCACGUCACCAAACGCCUUGAGCCUAUUCUUGGCAAUGGCGUUAUCACCUCUAAUGGUUCUCAUUGGGCACAUCAGCGUCGUAUCAUGGCCCAUGAGUUUACCCACGACAAAAUUAAGGGAAUGAUUGGUUCAAUGGUGGAUUCUGCGAUGCAAAUGUUGAGCAAAUGGGAAGAGAUGGUGGAAAGAGGAGGACAAAUGGGGUGUGAGAUAAGGGUAGACGAAGACUUUAAGGAUGUCUCAGCUGAUGUCAUCUCUAGGGUUUGCUUUGGGAACUCUUUCUUCAAAGGAAAAAAGAUCAUCUCUAUGAUUAACGAUCUUUCGACCGCCAUCACUCGACGCAGCUUCCUCUUCAGAUUAAAUGGCUUCACUGAAAUGGUGUUUGGGAGUAAGAAGCAUAGUGAUGUGAAUACUAAUGAGCUUGAGAAGGCUUUGGAAUCUUCGAUAUGGGAAACGGUGAAGGAGAGGGAAAGUGAAUGUGUGGAAACUCACAAGAAGGACCUAUUGCAGUUGAUACUAGAUGGGGCAAUGCGUAGCUGCGAUGGUAACUUGUGGGACAAGUCAGCCUAUAAACGUUUUGUGGUCGAUAAUUGCAAGAGCAUCUUAGUUGCUGGCCAUGAGUCAACCGCUGUAUCCGUGUCUUGGUGCAUUAUGCUACUCGCUCUCAAUCCUAAUUGGCAGAUUCGAAUUCGAGAUGAAAUCUUGAGUUCUUGCAAGAAUGGCAUUCCUGACGCAGAAACAAUUCCAAACCUCAAAACGGUGACUAUGGUAAUCCAAGAAACAAUGAGGCUAUACCCACCAACACCAAUCGUGGGAAGAGAAGCAUUCACAGACAUCAGACUCGGGAACCUAGUGGUGCCAAAAGGAGUGUGCAUUUGGAAUCUUAUUCCAGCCUUACACCGAGACCCUGAGAUUUGGGGAGAAGAUGCAAACGAGUUCAAGCCAGAGAGGUUCAGUGAGGGGAUCUUUAGAGCUUGCAAAUAUCCUCAGUCAUACAUGCCAUUUGGCUUCGGACCAAGAAUAUGUUUAGGCAAAAACCUUGCUAUGAUGGAAGCCAAGGUGCUUGUGUCACUUAUUGUGUCAAAGUUCAGUUUUACUCUGUCUCCGACAUAUCAGCACUCUCCAAACCACAAACUGCUUGUGGAGCCUCAACAUGGUGUUGUUAUUAGGAUUGUUCGACAGUGA